AAAAAAAAAAAAAAAAAAAAAAAAAAAAAAAACGGGAGGCGACUGAGUGACGACAACACAAAACAAAAUGGCCACGCAAACGCUGCCCAACAGUUCGGCCGCGGCGGUCGAGGGCCCCACGCCGACGCCGGCGGGCGCGCUGGAGCUGAUCGAGGCCGCCAACCUCAUCUCCGCGGCCAACCGCGCGUACGCCGUCCUGGCCGCCGCGGCCUUCGUGGCCGGCUGCUUCCUGCUCUGCGGCUUGGUUGCCACGUGGAGAGCGGGACGCCACGUGAUCUGGCUGGACCGGCUGCUCUGGGCCUUCUGCGGCCUGCAGCUGCUGCUCCUGCUCUUUUCUCUCUACAACGUGGUGCACCGUCCUUACAGCUUGAGGACGGCGGCGUUGGGCUGCGCCGCGCUCUCCUUCGCCAUCAACACGACGUCGACCUGCGGCCUGUUGGUUUUAGCGCUGAUGGCUUACAGUCUCGCCCUCGACCCGCCGUCCGACGGAUUUCUGAGGAGGCCUGGCAUCUGCGUGGCUCUGGUGGUCCUGACGUCCAUUUGCAUCACUCUUCUUCUGGAUGGCCUUCGAGGCCCGAGCGACGGUUUUCGCCGCGAGACGGACUGUUUUAUGGAUCCGGUCCACGCUGGAGUUUCCUACGCCGUCGCAAAGCUGUGCUUGGCUUUUCUGAUGCCUUACGGUCUGCAACUGGCGCUCCUGAUAUGCGGCUGCGUACGACAGAAACAAUCCAACCGGAGGUUUCUCUCGGGUUCCGAGCAGGGUCCGGUGCUCUUGGCGUUCGGCGCGACGCUGCUGUUCUGCCACCUCUUCUACGCGGCGGCUCUGGUGAGGGCGGCGCGGCUGCAGGCGCGGGGCGAGCUAAGCCACCGGCAGCGGGCGUUCGUGAGCGUGGCCGAGCUGGUUUUCUUCGCGGGGAGCUGCGCGUGCCUGACGCUGGUGCCGCUCGUACACCGGCCCAGUCGAAAGAAGCUGGCCGGACAGUUCGGGCGGGCGGCCGAUCUCUGCCCGCGUCCGGCGCGCGCUCAGCCCAGCAGGAACAUCAUCACGCCGCACAUCGAGAUCACAGACACCCUGCAGGAUAUCGAGUCGUAGCGCCCCAAAUUGCUCUCCUCCAUGAAGACUUCAUUUUCUUCUCAAGCACAAAAUGUACGCGGAGGGCCGCUUCCAUGAGUCAAAUUUUAUACAGCGGCGCCUUGAGGAACGGGUUACUCGACUCAGAAUUUUUUCGUGAUACGUGUCAUCAAUCGUCAGAAUGUUUGCUUUGACUUGUGAGUAAAAAUUUGAGAUACAAGCCCUGUUUGUCAGUAAUGAACUAAACUCACUUCACAACAACCAACAGUUUGGUAGACCUAUAAAAGUAGGUGUCAACCUUUUUUUUUUAUUACGAACACAUCAUUUCACUUCAGAUGACUCCAUUUAGCUUAAUGCUAACAAAUUAUCCAAAACAUCAUCCAUGGGCUAACGAAUACCAUGUGUAUAACGUUGUUAUAACACUUGAAGCAAUGGAUAUUUGAACAAAAACAGUGGAACAACAUAUACAGAUAAUAUAAUUUUCACAGGCAUAUAUUCUUUAUCCUCUGCAAAGAACAAUUAACUUUACCGCAGCUUACUGAGGUUUGACCAGCCCCAAUGCAGAUCUGAAUAAGUGUAUUAUAAUGCCACCCGGUGGCCAAGGAACACACAUCAGGAGGAGUGUAAAAUGAAUUUAACCGUAACCCAAAAGUUUGGGGCGAUAGUAACAAGCAAUCCACGAUCAUACUGCCACAUAAAUGUAUU